CGCACAGAAAGUGUCAACGAUUCAUUUUAUGCUGAAUAUGAAGAUGUAGUGGGAAAACAUUUAGAAAUAGUUAAAAUAACAAAUAGAUUAUCAGAAUUUUUUCCAGAAGUUGUGGAUGACAAAGAGAAGAAGCCAUGCGUUAUUAGAAUUUUACUUCAUAAGAAGGACGAAGGAAUCCUUGAUGAUCUGGACAUUGUUUAUCUAUUAGAUGCGAUGUUUUCUGCUGGAACUGACACAGUUGGAGCAAGUUUAACAUGGCUUACCGCUGCUUUAGCUAAUAAUCCUCAAGUUCAGUCUAAAGCUCAUCAAUCGUGUGUUUCUGAUGAACAAAAUAUUCCUUACAUACGUGCUAUAAUUAAAGAAGGACAAAGAUAUUGUGCACCAAUUUAUCUUGGUGUACCUCAUGGCAUUGAAGAAGAUGACGAAUAUAAUGGAUGUUAUAUUCCGGCAAAUUCUGUGGUAAUUUUAAAUCAAUAUGGGAUUCAUAUGGAUGAGAAAAGAUAUGAAAAUCUCAAAGAGUUUAGACUUGAAAGAUUUUUAGGACUUAAUGAAAAUA